GUGACGCCCACCAAUAUAUUGGCCACUUUUCCAUACUCAUCCUGCACACUUCUCCCGAAUACCUUCUGCACGCGCACGACAAAAUCUUGAAGACUCACCGAAGUCAAGAGCGAUUCCAUCCCGUCAACCUCGGUAUCUCCGUUCGAACUGCUUCAACCCUAUAUCCGAACCUUAUCUUGCCCCUCCGAUCUGAUCCACGAGUUGGCCCUCCCAGAGACAGGUUACCUACCGAGUGGUCUCCUCCCCUUUUCGCCCUCUCGACGCCCAUUCUUUCACCCAAAAACAACGCUGAUCGAUCGAAAUCUGUCCUAUCCGUCGGUUCAUCUGCUUUGCCACGGGAUAGCUCCCACCCCCUUCUUUGCCACAGCGCUUCCGAUCGUACCUUUAAAUAGGCUGCAGUCCUCGAGGCUUCGGCGAGGUGCUAUCUGAAGCGACCGCGGCAUCUUUGUUCUAGAAGCGUCGAUGACAAGUCUGUGGAAGUAUUUCUGGGAAAAUGACGUCGACAACUUCUGUCGAUUGCUCGCGCCGGCGGGCUAUUCCCAGACGCCAGCCAGAAGUCCUGCACCCGGAGUAGGCAGCCCUAGCGCUCUAGGGACCUCACCACGGUCUGUUACGAAGUCGCGCAAGGUAUCUGGCUUUGGUGCCGGGUUUUCCGGCGCGAGGUCUUCCGCUGGAAACAUUGGAAAGACUGAAGUUAAUAGUCGCGACUACUGUGGCCUUACACUCCUGCUGCGAGCUGCAUCCUCUACAUCACCAGAUGCCAUUACGUUUGUCCAAGCUCUUCUGGAUCAUCCUGCCAUCGAUCUCUACGCCCAAGACCCCGAAAGCGGCUGGAAUGCAUUACACAGAGCUCUAUAUCAUGGCAAUAUUUCAGUUGCGCGGCUGUUGCUUGCGAAGGAGCGCAAGGACUUGACAGACUCGCUUGGGUCAAGUACGACGAAGAUUGGGCACUUGAUCAAAACCAAGGAUCAUGAAGGCAAUAGUCCGUUCGACUUAUACAAUGCCACCAUUGCGCUUCGUUCCCUGAAAACGGCCGAAGAGCGUCCACUUUCCGAAGAUGAAUCAGAUACAGACGAAGUCAUCGGAGGUCCUGAGGUCCAGCAUUCUACUAGAUGUAGUUUAGGGGAAGAGCUGUUCACAUUUGGAAGCAACAAUAACUUGUCUCUUGGUAUUGGCCAUGAAGAUGAUAGACAAUAUCCGGAACGUAUUCACUUAGAACGCUCAGAUCAUUUAAUUCGUCAUCUCUAUCAUGAGAGAUUUGCAGCGCAGAAACAACGUCUUGGCAAUGACAACUGGGCAUCGUCCGAUCUGGUCGAUAUCCCUGCUCUAGUUCGGAAUCGCCCUAUUGUAAUUCACGAUGUGGUGCUCUCCAAAUUACAUAGUGCUAUUCUCACGACGGAUCCAAUUUCAAAUCUCUACAUCACUGGUCUUGGCCGGGGCGGUCGUCUUGGUCUUGGGGACGAAAUUACGAAGCUCAGCUUCACGCCCGUUCAAGGGGGGUUGUCUGACAAAAAGGUCACUGCAGUCGCACUUGGACAAAACCACACCUUGGCUGUUACUAGCGAAGGCGAAUUGUGGUCAUGGGGCUCGAAUCAGUAUUCUCAGUUAGGGUAUACACUUCCUCCUCCAAUCAAGCCUGACGAGGAGCCGAUUAGCAUCCUACCGCGUCAAGUUUAUGGGCCUUUGAAAAAGGAACUGGUCCUUGGAGUUGCCGCCUCAUCGAUACACUCUGUUGUCCACACUGGGUCAUCCUUAUUCUGUUGGGGCAAGAAUGUUGGUCAACUCGGCCUCAUGGAUGCCGAUUCUCGGUCACUGGAAGUACAGACUGUGCCACGAAAGGUUGCUGUGACCUUGAUUUCGAGCCACUCGUCCACCGUGUCGGCUAUCUCUGCCAUCGAUAGAGCAACGUGCUGCCUUUUCGGAGACCGUUCUUUGGUUGUAUUUACGAGCUACGGUUACAAGACUAUCAAUCUCCAAAGUGCUACUUUAUUCACCACCUCCUCUCUCCGGCAGUCGAUACAGUUCUCGUCGGCCGCCUCAUAUGACUUGAAGCGUCGUGAGAUUCAUCAGAUCGCAUCUGGUGGUGAUACUAUCGCAGCAAUUACGAGUAGUGGUGAUUUAUUUACAAUGCAGCUCAGUCAUAAUUCUGAUAAUGAUCAGCUUACUACGUCAACUACAAACCCGUCGAAAAUCAAAGAUGCGAUAACUCCGCCCAAGCUCGUUUGGAAUUCGCGAAAAGAUGGGGUUAAGUCUGUGGGCGUAGGAGAAAAUGGUUCUGUCAUCAUAUCCACACAAUCUGGGGCCGUUUGGCGACGAAUCAGACGUACCAAGGCUCAGGUAACGAAGAAUCUAGGUCCUUCAGAACACAAGCGCAACGACUUCAAGUUUCAACGCGUACCUUAUAUUACCGAUGUAGUAGCUGUAAGGAGCUCUACCUUCGGCGCUUAUGCAGCCGUUCGAAAAGAUUGUGAUAUCACUCGAGACCAACUUUCGAUAUCCCCACCUACACUAUGGGACGACGUUAGCCCGUUGCUCCCUCUUCUUGGCUUCAAGGCGAGGAACUCAAGGCCAAGAGAGAACAAAGACACUUGGAAGUUUCAAAACCCAGAAACGCUGAAGGAGCAGGUUGAUGAGCUAAGCUACGAGGUAUUAACGUCUACCGAUUUGGAGGAUGAUUUGGCAGCUCAUUUCGCCGAAUGGGGGUAUUCAAAUCCAGCUUUAGGCACAGUCAUACGUUCAGCCUCGAAUCCAGAGCUUUCAUUCCCAGUCCAUUCUUGGGUUUUAUCCGCACGUAGCGCAGUGCUCCGUGACGGUUUUCAGCAAUUUCGCGACAUCGGGCAUUAUGAUAUCCCUGAUAUUCUCACAAUCACUGAAGAGCAGGGAACUACGGUUAUAGAGUUCAGUAGAAGCAUUGACAUAAUUGCUGUCCUCAAUAUUAUGGUUUAUGUGUACAGCGAUCGUGUCAUUCCGGCCUGGAAUUUCACACGCCAGGCUUCGCCAUUAGCAUACAGGUAUCGCCAAAUUCGUACUGAUGUUAUGAAAGCGGCGGCCCGAUUGGCAAUACCAAAACUUGAAGCCGCUGCGCGGACGCAAACACCCGCAUCUCGAUCAAUGCAUGUUGACUUCAAUGAUGCGUUCAAUGACCCCUUUUUCUUCGAAGAUGGCGAUGCGCUGCUUGAACUUGAUGGAGAUGAGAUACCAGUACAUAGUACCAUGUUAUGCCAGAGAUGUCCUUGGUUCCAGGGACUCUUCAACGGUCGCUCUGGUGGCAAAUGGCUCGAAAGUCGCCGGGCAGCACAAGACGAUUCUGACCUUUUGCACAUAGAUUUGCGUCACAUGGAUCCAGACUCAUUCCACUACGUUCUCCAGUUUUUAUACGCAGAUGUAGGACAAGAACUAUUCGACCCGGUAGUUGCAGACAGCAUCGACGACUUUGCUGAGUUAGUCAUGAAUGUCAUGAGCAUUGCCAACGAGUUGAUGCUCGAUCGGCUGUCACAAAUCUGCCAGACCAUUAUCGGCCGUUUUGUGUCGACGCGGAAUAUUUCUACUCUCUUGAAUAACAUAAGUGCCUGUUCCGUUACUGAGUUUAAGAAGAAUGGUCUGGAGUAUAUCUGUCUUCAGAUGGAGGCAAUGCUUGAGAACCAUCUCCUCGAUGAUCUUGAUGAAGACCUUCUUUCCGAGCUUGACGAUGUUGUUCGUAACAACCAGCUUGCUAGGUUACCGUACGCACGAAGUGGAGCAGCUGAAAUACUGCUUCAUGAGCAGUACCCCAAUCUAGCGGAAGACAUACACGAGGAGAGACAGGUGCGCGUGAAGGAUAUGGUUUUUAGAGCCACCUUUAGGGAUGAUGAAAGGAGAAGCUCUUCAUAUAGGACUCGGUACGGCAGUUUCGACGAUUUUGCUAGUGUUUCACCAAUAACCGAUAAAACCGCGCGGCAGAAAUCGAAAGUCGCACGUAAUGAGCCGUUCAGCCCAGAUCUCCGGCCCAAAACUUCCAUGGCUGACCUUAUGUUCAAUAUGGAGGGGGAUGAGGAAUUAAAUGAUGUUAGCCCCUUGUCUCCGAGCCCUAGGCGUAUCAGCGCUAAGGACCAUGAUGACUUGGAUCGUCUGCCGCCAUUGUCAACAUCUCAGCGUGGUCUCCCAGGAAGUGGUUCAUUGGGCGCGCCCGGAAUUGUCCCAGCAUCUCCGGCUUUAGCAUCAUCUCCAGCUCUACAGCCACCUGGACUAUCAAACGAUGUUUCGCCACAACACCCACUGACUGCAAACCCCUGGGGGUCAUCAAACUUGCCUAUCAGUCGUUUGAACCUGCGAGAAACGCUGGCUGAAUCGAAACCGGUACAAUCAGCACUUUCAGCUGGCCUGGCCGCGCAAAAUCGUGACCCCGGCUCCAAGACCACUCCCCAAAAGCUUUCACAGAAGGAGAGAAAGAAGCAGCUGCUGCAAAAAGCUGAGCAGGCUGCCCGUGAGGAAGCCGAGGCCAAACAACAGUUACAGAAACCCUGGAGUGAAGUUGGCGAUAAAAAGGGCGCGCCUUGGAAAAAACAAACGAAAGCAGAACCUGCAAUGCCUAUGAGCAGCCUGCUUCACCCUGACUCGGCCUUUCUUGCAGGGUCUUCUAGUCCUAAAACAUCAGUCUCUUCCCAGACUUCAUCAAAUAAACCUAUACCUAGGCGAGCUGCAUCACCCGAUACAAGGUUUUCUGGGCAGAAGUCAAGCAAUCCAUCAAAAUUGCCUCCAGCAUCCCCACGUCCUGAUUCCCAGCCAAUGACUCCCCAUUCAAAGUCAUACAUUAAGCGUACGCCCAAAUUUGAACAGGAAAUUGGCGUUCCCCUCGCAGACAUUAUUGGCCAACAACAGAGAGAGCAGCAGAGCCGCCGCGAGGCUGUCGCCAAGCGCAGUUUGCAAGAGAUCCAACAGGAGCAAGAAUUUCAAGAGUGGUGGGACCAGGAAAGCCGCCGUGCUCAAGAGGAAGAAGCGAGGAGAGUUGCUCGCGAAGGGAACAAGGACAAAAAGAAGGAUGGUGGACGACGUGGGCGGGGUAGUAAUAAUAAGUCUAAGGACAGCUCUCGUUCCGGAACCGCCGGAGCAGGGAGCAAGAAAGGUCCGGCCGCCACGCCCGAGGCUGGCCCUUCCAGCUCACAGGGCAAAAGGAAGGUCUCUAACGGAAAGGCUUAGAAUAUAGAUCUCAUGCAUUUAUAUGGGCUAGAGACGUCUCUCGGGAGACACAUAUCCAUUAUCGGAGUUCCGGGGCUAUAUUGAGCUUGACUUUAAGGCUGGAGGAUUCAGCGCGAUGGGAUGUAUAUACAAUCAGGAGAACAAUGCGUGUGUUGGGGCUACGUGUACAUACAUAUCUUCACUCCAAAGCUCCCUACUUAAUGCAUGCGAUUUGUUCUACUCUACCAGUUGAGUCUAACAGGCAGAUAUUACCUUUCAUAGCCCACUUCUCCAUAAUUACGGUGCCGUCGUAGGGACAAUGCCACCUAAGCCACGAGCCGAGAUUAGGGUACAGACACAUCGAGGAAAAGGAUGAAAUGGAGUGUUCCGUUAAGUCUCGGAGGCUAUUCGGGUCAGCU